CAGAUGCAAAAGGGUAUUAAUUCUACCGAACAAUUUCCACUGACAGUGUCAUUAUUUAGUGUCAUUAUUAUAUUGACAGGCAUAACUGUCAAUAAUGCCUAUGAAGAAAGGUAUUUCUUCUUCAUAGGCAUUAUCUUUUUGAGGGCUGGAUAUUUAUGCCAUCAUGACUCAAAUUAAAACAUAGAAACAGAUGUUAUGAUGCAAAAUCUUCAAAGCAGAUUUUUAUGUGUGCUAUUACCAUUAUGAUUUGUCCUCUUCAUAUUGAAAUCUUGAUGUUUGAAAGCAAUGACGUAGUGUCUGUAAAACUGUACCAAUUUGGCGAACAAUAAUGGUUACAAAAGAAUUCGAACUCGAAGUGUUACGAUUUAACCACAGCAAGCUAAUGACAAGUUUCGUUAGAAAUAAACUUUCUGGAGUAAAUGACCAAUGGAUAUUUUGAACCCUGUCCUAUUGCCUGUAUAUAUGAUUAGAACAUUUGGAAGCGCAAGGGACAGCCGAUGUUUGCUUAGUGAAGCUGGACAUUUUUAAUUGGGUUCUUUUUUUGAAGAAUUUCUAACCAAUAUUUUUUUGGUAUUCACUUUCGCAGCUAAUCAACCUUAUUUAAUAUGCUUUGUCACCCAAUGUUUUAAAUCAUCCAGAUGAGCCACUGUAUUCAUUACAAUUUUCAUGACAGUGUAGCAAAUGGUUAAUAAUGAGACUGAAACAUUUCCAAGCAUCAUUGCAUUCCCUUAAUGUGAGUGCCUUAUUGUUCUGAAUGUAAUCUGUGGAGGUUUGGUGGGCCUCUUCUCUGGUUGAGUACGGUAUUGGUAAAAGGACAUUAGCCAUCCAACAAUACAGUCUUCCUAACUAUGUUUAAGUAAACACGUGUUUCAUUGGUCUGACUUGCCUUUGGAUGUUGUAGGCUUUGUCCAAACCAUGAUAUACACAAAAUAAUUGUUCUCAAGAGGCAAAGAUAAGGAUGUAACGAAUAUGAAGUAUAUUUGUUUGCGUGUUUCUGUGUGUGUAUGUGUGACCAUGUCCACAAUCCAAAACUGGCUACAAAGACUGUAAUACAUUUGUACACCUCGUACUGCCCAGCAUUCAAUCAAAACCACUUCAUUCAACGCAGUUUCAUUUUAUUUUCAAACUAUAAUCAACCGAGUACUGGAAUUCAAUUUAUUUAACUGUAUUUUGUUCUCAAUGACAUAGCUGUGAUUUUCUCAGCAUUUGAGUUGUGAAAGACCGAAUAAACCUGGUCUUAAAACCGCUGUAUACACUGUACUCAUGGCUCUAUCUAUUUUCUAACUGUUUUGGUCAUGUUAGAUUUAAUUUUUGUAUGUGCGUUUUGUAUGUACGUUUUAAAUUAUAUCUGUUGGCACUGAAAUACAUGUCCAUCGGAAGGUAGAACCAUCUAACCAUAUCACAGUCCUAAAGUCCGAAACUACAAUUUUCUUAAUUGUAAUAAUUAUAAAUCGCCGUAUCGUUUCUUCAUGCAAUGCAUUUCCCCAACAAUAAAACCAUUAUCUGCAUAAUCUCUAAUCAGAUGUCCUUCGGACCAAAACGGAUGGACAGAGUAGAUUGCACAUGUUUAUGUUGGAUCUCUUACACACAUUCACUAGCUUCUCUUCCCUCUUUCCCACACACUUUUACAGAGAGACUCUUGUAUGUCUGCCUGCCUGUGCCUGCCUACCUGUAUGUCUGUGUCUGUAUCAGUCCUUCUGUCUACCUGUCUGUGUCUUAUGAUGUUGUACCCUAUAAUGGGUUAAUAAUGUGUCAUUUCCCUGUCGCCCCAUGGUGACUGUUAACACACCUACAUCUUAUCAAAACAUAUGGGUCAGCGCCAGUUGUAUAACCACCUGAACUCUUGGUCAAAGCAGGUUUUACAGUCCUCAUCUCUGAUAAGCCAAGAGUGGAGAGGUAUUUAACAGUGUUGUGGGAAACCUUUCCCUUCCCAUCCAUAGAGCAUUCUGGUAAACACGUUGCAGGAUUAACAGGAAAAGUUUAAAACUGCUUAAUAGCCAUGGAUGUGCGGCGCGUACUGUGCUGUGGUCUCUCUUGUCUAUUGGUGUUCAAGGUGCUCAUAUUCCUCACCGUUGCCGCUGUCACUGUGACAUUGAUCACACUCUUGACUCAGGCAAUCACAUACCCAUACCCAACCGUUCCCUCCCAGGACCCCCCCUACCUGAUCGGGGUGGGUCGCGCCGAUUGUACUGGACCUCCUGCUGAUAUCCCUCUGAUGGGCUAUGCUGUUCCCCAGCAGACAGCGGCCGGCAUCCACACCCGUCUGUUCAGCAGGGCCUUCAUCGUGGACGACGGGCAUAAGAGGGUGGUCUUCAUCACCGCCGAUAUCGGGAUGGUUUCUCAGAGGCUGAGACUUGAGGUGCUGAAGGCCCUUCAGGUGAAGUAUGGGACCCUGUAUCGCCAGGACAACGUGGUUCUGAGUGGGACCCACACCCAUGGGGGUCCGGCCGGAUACUUCCAGUACACCUUGUUCAUCAUCUCCAGCAAGGGCUAUGUCAAGCCCGCCGUCAAGGCCCUGGUGGACGGCAUCGUCCAGAGCGUAGACAGAGCCCACCGCAGCAUCAGGCCGGGCCGGAUCUACAUGAGCCAAGGAGCCCUGGAGGACAGCAGCCUGAACAGGAGCCCCCAGUCCUACCUCAACAACCCCCAGAAGGAGAGGGACAGGUAUGAAACCAAUACGGACAAACAGGUGGUGGUGCUCAGGCUGACGGAUCUGGACGGAGAUGGUGUUGGUAUGCUGAGCUGGUUCGCUGUCCACGCUGUCAGUAUGAAUUACACCAAUCAGAUGAUCAGCAGCGACAACAUGGGAUACGCCGCCUACCUUUUAGAACAGGACAAGAACAGAGGGUCCUUACCUGGAAAGGGUCCGUUUGUGGCUGGGUUUUCCUCCAGUAACCUUGGCGACGUCAGUCCCAACACCAGAGGCCCGGUGUGUGCCAACACUGGUCUGCCCUGUGACUACCUCAACAGCUCCUGUCCUAUAGGAGGGACAAAGAUGUGUCAAGCAUAUGGCCCGGGUGAGGACAUGUUUGAAAGCACCCGACUCAUCGGACACAACAUCUACAAGAAGGCCAAGGAACUGUAUGGUAAGGCAGACUGGGAAGUGACAGGGUUUCUGCAUGCUGCUCAUCAGUGGGUCAACAUGACUGAUGUCACCGUACAGAUCAACUCAACACAUACGGCCAGGACCUGUAAACCUGCGCUGGGCCACAGCUUCGCUGCAGGGACCACAGACGGAGGAGGGGACCUGAACUUCACCCAGGGGGCGGUGGAAGGCGACCCCUUCUGGGAUGGUAUAAGGAACGCCCUGGUGGGAGAACCAUCCAAUGAGACGCAAGAAUGCCACCGACCCAAACCCAUCUUGUUCAGCACCGGAGAGAUGUCCUGGCCCGUUCCCUGGCAUCCUGAAAUAGUGGACGUGCAGAUCAUCACUAUCGGCUCUGUUGCCGUGGUUGCCGUGCCGGGAGAGAUGACAACCAUGUCAGGGAGAAGAAUACGAGAGGCCAUCAAACAGGAGCUGGAUUCUGGAAGUUCCUUUGAAGACACAACGGUGGUCAUCGCAGGCCUGAGUAACACCUACACACACUACAUCACAACGUACGAAGAGUACCAGAUCCAGAGGUACGAAGGGGCGUCGACCAUCUACGGCCCGCACACGCUGGGUGCAUACCUGCAGAAAUACACAAACCUGGCCAGGGCCAUCGCACAGGGUACAGAGUCAGAGCUCCAGAGGGGCCCUGAGCCUCCGUACUUUGCCAACCUGCCCAACUUGCUGCCUGCUGCGCCCGUAGACAAGAAACCUGUCAACAGCAGCUUUGGACAAGUGCUGGAGCAAGUGCUGCCUGUUUACAGAGUGGGUGACGUAGUCUCUGUCACAUUUGUAGCAGGAAACCCCAGGCAUUCUGGUGACAUAAGAGACAAGACCUUUGUCACAGUGGAGGUGUUCCAGAACACCUCCUCAAGCUGGGAAGUGGUUCACACUGAUGCAUCAUGGGAAACCAGGUUCCACUGGGUAAAGGGUUCAAACCGAGAGAGCAACGCCACGGUGGAGUGGCACAUCCCCGCCUCGGCCCAGCAGGGCUCCUACAGGAUCCAGCACUUCGGACACUAUAAGAAGAUGGUCGGCUUCCGGCCCCUCAUCACAGCUUACCAGGGCAGCUCCGACGUCUUCGCCGUCUCACACACAUAUUACUACUGAAGCGCUCAUACGUGAAUAAUGAGCUGGAAGGGAUGGAAAUGCAGUGAUAGGAGUGAGUAAAUGAUUUAGGUAUACCAUGUUUAUGGCUCCAAGAGAUUUAGAUGACGGGUGGAUGGAUAUAUAGGUAAAUGGAUGUAUGGAUGGACGAAUGGAGGAAUUUAAGUUCAAAGCAUUUGACAUUUGACCGGCUUGACGGUGACCUCUUGAAGCAUUUCAAAUCACAUGACAUCUUUGUUUGACCCUUCUAAAAGCAACAGGAUCUAAACGCAUUUUGUAAUAUAAUCAUUUUGCCAAGAAUGAAUGGCCUCCAGAUUGACAGUGAAAUAACUGUAUGCUAUCAGUAUAAGUAAAGUGACUCUCAUUAUGUAAAUAAAACUGAUCAUCAGACAGUAUGUUGUUAUGUCAUGAUCUUUCAUUCCAUAAUAAUUUUGGUUCAGUUGAGUACUGACUUGUAAGUACAAAUUUGUUUAUAUAAUAAUUAUUAUACAACGUCUAUCGUUAAAUAUCUAAAAAUAA